AUGGGAUCAACUUGGACUCCAAGGCAAAACAAACAGUUCGAAAGAGCUUUGGCUGUAUACGACAGAGAAACUCCAGAUAGGUGGCAGAAUGUUGCUAACAUGGUUGGAAAAUCAGUUGAAGAUGUUAAAAAACAUUAUGAGAUCCUCAAAGAAGACGUUAGGCGCAUCGAACAUGGUCAAGUUGCAUUCCCUUACAGAACAAACAAUAACUGA